AGAAGACAUGCCCGCAUGAAUCCACGAACACUCUUCUCUUCGAUCCUUCGAAUCCCGCAUUGAUCCGAUCGCCAUUGUUGCUCCUCUCCAGAGCUUCGGAUGCGAAAGAGUGGCAAUCUGGGAAGGCGAUGAGAGGGCGGUCGCCGCCGGCCCAAGGGGCACAAUGACCGGAGGCUCACUUGGCCUGCGCUCCGGUAGUUAUGGCUCUCUACAAGCCCAAAUCAACGGUUCCUCUGCCGUCGUUGCCGUCUCGCCGCUGCCCACCCACUCCACCCCUCCUCCACCGCCGUCAGCCCGGAAGCCGUCCAAGAUGCUCCUCCCUGGCUCGCGUGAUAAGGAGCGGUGCCUUGCCUGGAUCUGUAAGCUCGCUGGUCGCCGCCGCGUUGGGAUGCUUCUUCUCCUCAUUGCCUCUGCUGCCGUGCUCCUCUCCUUCUCCAUCGUGUCCAAAGAUUACGAUGUUUCGGCUGGUUCCGAGACGAAUCUGAACUUCUCGGAUCAGCUGAAGAACAUCACGAACAUCGGAAGAGGAUCUACUGGGUUUUCUCGAUCUUCUUUGAUUCCUUCUCGAGAUGACAACCGGGUGAAUUCAUCUCCACCGCCACCAUUUCUGGGUUUAGAGCAAUUGCAGGCCAACAUCGAGAACGAGACUUGGAGUAGUCCUGCUUCUCUUCUUCAGCAUUACCAGAUCCCUGCACGGCACCCUUGCGAGCAUUUCGCAUUUCCUCCACCGCCUGCUGAUAAGAAGCGCACUGGCCCUCGCCCAUGUCCUGUUUGUUAUGUACCCGUGGAGCACGCCUUGGCCGUCAUGCCUGCAUCUCAAUCACCUUCCCCUAUUCUUCAGAAUCUAACUUAUUUCUCUGAUGAGAAUCUGCUGCCCAACGAGUCAAAUGCUAGUUCUCUUUUUGGAGGACAACCAUCACUGCAGCAAAGAAAUGAAUCUUUUGAUAUAAAAGAGUCUAUGACUGUGCAUUGUGGAUUUGUUAAAGGAAAGAAACUUGGGCAAGGUACUGGGUUUAACAUGGACGAAGAUGCUCUUCUUGAGAUGGAGCAAUGCCAUGGAGUGGUUGUGGCUUCUGCUAUAUUUGGAAACUAUGACAUUCUCCAGCAACCAAAAAACAUGAGUGAUUUUGCAAAGCAAAAUGCUUGUUUCUACAUGUUUGUUGAUGAAGAAACAGAAGCAUAUAUAAGGAAUACAAGCACCUGGAAUGACUCUAAUAGAGUUGGCUUAUGGAGGGUGGUGGUCGUUCGAAAUCUUCCUUAUACUGAUGCAAGACGCAAUGGAAAGAUUCCAAAGCUUUUACUUCACAGGAUAUUCCCUAACGCUCGAUUUUCUAUUUGGAUUGACGGGAAGCUUGAACUUGUUGUGGACCCUUACCAAAUCCUGGAGAGGUUCUUAUGGCGGGUAAAUGCCACUUUCGCUAUCUCCAAGCAUUACAGACGCUUUGAUGUAUUUGAAGAAGCUGAGGCUAACAAAGCUGCUGGAAAGUAUGUCAAUGCCUCCAUUGAUUACCAGAUUGAGUUUUACAGGAGUGAGGGUCUAACGCACUAUUCUUCAGCUAAGCUUCCAAUUGUCAGCGAUGUCCCUGAAGGCUGUGUCAUCAUAAGAGAACAUACUCCCAUAACAAAUCUUUUCACCUGUCUCUGGUUCAAUGAGGUUGAUCGCUUUACUUCAAGAGAUCAAAUCAGUUUUAGCACUGUAAGAGACAAAAUUAUGGCUAAAGUAGAUUGGAGACUGAACAUGUUCAUGGACUGCGAACGCCGCAACUUUGUAAUUCAGGCAUACCACAAAGAUUUGCUAGACCAGAGGAAGUUACAAUCAUCAUCCGCACCACCACCUCCAAAUGCUUUGUUGUUCAAUGAAGCAUCUCCUAAAUCAACAACAAGUACUGCAGUUGAGGUUGGGAAAUCAACUGAGAGUGCUGCAGUUCAUGUUAAAUCAACUCCGGAAACUACAGUUGAAGAUGGAGCUGGUAAAACCCCUGCUUUAAGGAAGCCGCCUCCAAGACGUGGGAGAGACAGGAAAUCAGGCUCAAAACAUCGCCGUCCCAGACCUCUCAUUCCUAAAGACUUCACUCCAGUCUAAAUUUUGCGUCGAAGUUCCUAUUACUGUCUUUCACAAUCAUUCAUUUGAUCACCGCGGAGAAUCAGGCUGUUCUAGUAAUACUAGGCUCUAAUUUGAGAGAAGAUCCAUCCAUAUUUUUUUGCCCAGAAGUGUUGAUAUCUAUUCAUUUUAUUGUAAAUAUCCUCAUUUAAAAUAAGUUCUCAUUAGUUGCUGCAUUCAUCCCACAGACCAUUUUUUGAAACUUGUUUUGAUUAAAUGGAAACAAAGAAGUAAAUGACAAGAUGGUUUUUGUUCUCUUUCGGUAGAAUACCCUAAUU